CACGCGAGUGUCUAUGUGUGAAUGAGACAGCAGAGGUUGUGUAUUGCUGCUGAUGAGAGAGAGAGAGACAUAUUACUGAAAGAUCAUUCUUCGACUAAAAAAAAAACAAGACCUCACGAGCUCAUCUUAAAUCUCGGAUUUCAGAUUAACGGAUAAAUCGCCGCCGAAGGAUUUGUGGGAUUAUCGGGGGUCUCGAGCUGAUUUUAUCCUCGCUAACAGGCUAAUAACAAGCGCAGGUGGAUGACUCGUAAGACUCGACCUGGAUGUUGGCCUGUUUAAGGAUAAACUGAAGAAUAAAUCACCUAGCACCAAAUCAAAUUAAGGGAUUAAAUCAACUCUGACGGUGGACCAGAAACAUAUCAAGGGUCUUAUUUUAACUGGAAAUCAAAAUGAGAGGGGGUCGUUUGGGCCAGCUAGUCGGCCAUUGGGUUUACCUCAGUUGUGGAGGAUGCUGAUGCUAAACGCGCUAGAUCAAUCUAUUAAUUAAUGGUUUUCUUUUUGUUUCUUCAGUCUGACAACACAAUGACAGCUGUUUAAAACACAGCGUGUUGUAUUAACAUUAAACAUUGCAUAUAUGUUAAGCUUUACUCUCAGAUUGUGAGACAACCUAGUUUAUCUGAGUAAAAUGAUUGAAUACACUGCCCCAUAAAAGGAUUAAUUGUUUACAGAGUGUUAUACAUUGCAACCAGACUUUAAUACUUAGUCGUUAUUCCAGGGAAGUGUCAAACCAUUAAUAUAACCUUAUAAAUGAUUUUCUUAUGAGGCAGGCUCAGUUUUUUAACAUUAGGAAGUUGAAGGCUAACAAAAAUUUGGAUGUGCAGUUUGAUAUAGCUCUCUAUUUUAUGUAGUUUCCUGUAUUCUCUUAUACAUGUACAUAUUCUAAGAUUGUAUUUUUCAUUAUGAAUUUCUGAGUUUUUUUAUGGACGGCAAUCUUAAAUACUGCAGUAAUCCUGUUAUUAUGUGUUGAUUGGGAUGUGGAUCAACACACUUUGAGAAGUCUUAUGUUAAAUGGAUUAGAUUUGAAUUUGUAUGCAGAACAGGGAAACAGGGCCAACCUUUUUUUUCAUGGAGAGGUUUGCAUAUCGGAAAAAAUAUCUCUGCCUACAUGGAGCUGUGUUACGCAGUGAAACAUUAUCCUUGUGUCCGCAAAAGUAAACAGUAGUUGAUCAUUUACAGGGAGGUGGACGCUUACGCAUGGGUCUCGACAAGGAUAUUUCUUUUGGUGCGUAUGCUGGAAGAGGCCAUCAAUUACUUUUGAAUUCCGAACAUUACCUUGUGGGAUCAUAACAAAGGAUUGGAAUUUCUGGAAUAUUUCCAUUUGUCAGAGGAGAGAACUCUUCUUUUUAAUGGAGCAAGUUCUCUCCAGCCCUCAGGGGUGUUCUGAGUGGGAGGUGAGUGGGAAAGCUGAGUGGGAAUCCGAACAGAAUCCCCUUGGAUUUCUCCUUAUGGAUAAAGAUAACAGUUCUGUUGGUGAUUCUACCAAUGAAAUUUUUCAGGAGAACGCGAUAAACCUUGAUGACUUAUUUUGGGCUUCUCAGUAUUCUGGGCAGACGUAUUCCUGGGAAAAUGAUCUGGAAUGUGUCUAUCCCGAAUGGAAGACUCCGCCUCCUCCUUCCCCAGAUCUCAAAGGAGAGGGUUCUCCUGGAAGUUUGGAAAUUGUGGAUGGAGAUCUCAUCAGUUUUAAUUCUAGAUCGACUAGUCCUACGUUCUCAAACUUACCCAUGCAGAAUCAAAACAACUUUUACAAUCCUCCUGAACAGGUGCCUGAAUUCCUGCAACCGGUGAAGGUUACUGCCACUUUAAACCCUCUAGAUGUGUACACAGGUGAGCUGGUUAUUAACAACCCCACUAUUCAGACUGACAAAACACUAUUACAAGAAACUCACCUCAAUCUUGAGGACACGCAUUUAACAAACUGUGAGUUCAACCAUAAUUCCCUAGAGGAAAGAACAUUUGAAGACAGUCAGAGCUUCCUUUCACACGGGACUUAUUUCACUCAGUUAUCUGAAGGUUUGUUGCCUGUUUCUCCCGCGGAGGUGUCGUGUGUGGAUACAAACUCAAAUCCCAAGCCUUCAAUUAUUUGUCAGGCACCUCCUUCUACAUCUGAAGACAUCCACCUUCCAUCCUCAGCCAUUUCCCAUGAGCCCAUCCCUCCGAUGUCAUGUUCAGAUCCACCUGGCUCACCAUAUGCACCCCUUCAAAUGGAUGAGGGACAGCUGUUGUUACCCGAGCUGCUGACUGGAGGUCUGUACUCUGAACAGGAGAGUAGUAAACCCUCAGCUAGCAAUGAGACCCAUGACGAUGAUCUUCAGAGCCAAGAGACAACAGGCGCUAACAUAGAAACAACACAACUAUCCUCUGAAGCAGAGACUGCCUGUUGGAGUCCAUUAGGUGAGUCUUGCAUAUCACCUAAACUUUGUGAAGAAACGUUGCGUGAUUUAUCCGCAGAAUGCACAUUUGGUGUCCAAUUGGAAACGGUUGGUGAAGAGGUAAGAGAGGAGGCUGUGUCCAGCUCUUUAACUGAUAACGUUGUUUCUGAAGCUAAAACAGAACUCACACCAAUUGCUUUUAUAGAUUUACAAGCAGAAGAUCCUUCAACUGAUAGCCUGCUUGACAAAGACAGACAAGAGUCCACAUUAGCCUUACCGGUCCACACACCUAAGCAUAAUGCCUUACUUGAGCUCUCACCAGAAGAUGACAUCUUACCUGAGGAUCACAGCCAGCCCACUCACUCAACUGAGGCUGAAGCCUUAUCUGAGGUGCUCCAUGAUGGAUAUGGAGACCUUAUUCCUGUUGCCAUGUUUGAGAUCUUAACAGACAGCGUCUCUUGUGAAGCUGCACCAUCUUUAGACGUUGUAAUACCAUCUGUGACAGAUGCCUUUGAGCUAACAGAUCAGGAAAAAUGUGAUGCAGACUCGCCUGAUCUUGAACCUGAUGCACUCACACUUGAAAUUCAGGAUAGUAUAGCAAGUGUAGAAACAGGCAACCCAGACGAUGACCAUGAGGCAAUGGAAAAGCAUGAUACAACAGAGGACACAGGCACACUCAACGUUUUGGAGACCUCAGAUUUGCAUAAAAACCCAGAGGCAACCAAUCUGAAAAACAAGUCGGACAACUUGCAAAAUGAUUAUUUAAAUCUAGAUAGCAGUAAAUCUGACAACAAUCAAGAACUAAAUGCAACAAUUGAAGCCUGUCAGGAACAAAUCAAUGCUCAACAUAAAGAGAGUGCACUUGUGGAAAAUCUCACACUUGUUGACCAACUGAAUGACUCUUUGACUCCAAAAUCAAGUGCAAUUGUAAUAGAUACACCUGAAGAAAAUGUGACAGCUCACCGUGACAGUCAUAAUACACCAUUGAAAGUCAAAGAGAAACUUCAAAGUAUGUCUUUACAGGGAGGGGAGGGAUUGGAUUGCAGAAUUUCUACUCGGAGUGAAGUCAUUCUUCAUUGUGCCAGUAAUCCUGAUUCUUUAGAGUCCACUCCCUUUACCUGUGCGGUUGAUCAGCUGACUCUGAUGGAUGGACUUUCGGGGCCGGAUCUUACAGACAACACAGAAACUCACAGCCAAUUAUGUGAAGCUACAGGAGAGGGAGAGGUGGGGUUUGCUGCUCAGUUUACACAUCAGGAGGAUUUCCAUCAGCUGACACCAUCACCAAUAGACCUGGCACUAGAGCAACAAGUGAGCUCAGUCUCCCCCAGUUCUCCUCCCUUGCAUAGAAAUGUCUUUCCCUGCGGAUCCAGCCUAGAUGGGGAGGCCUACCUGACCUUGAUGGAAAAUACUCCUGAUACUUCCAACAUUUCCAAACAUGCAGAAAUGACUCUGGAUUUGUGCAAGGCCUCAGACUCCCUGCCAACCCAAUCGCUUCAUGACCAGAGGGUCCCCGUGGAUUUGAUAAACGUGCCUAUAGUUUCCACAACAGCCCAUAGAAGCGAGGAGCAGUCGGCUCUCCGAGCAGUUUUCCAGGCUUUGGAUCAGGACGGAGAUGGAUUUGUCCAUAUUGAGGAGUUUAUCGAGUUCGCAAAGGCGUAUGGAGCUGAACAGGUGAAGGAUCUGACCCGGUUCUUGGAUCCCAGCGGUCUGGGUGUGAUCAGUUUUGAGGAUUUCCACAGAGGCAUCAGUGCUAUCAGCAAUGAAGGUUCUGAUCCGGACCUCUACAAGACUCAUCUCAGCGCAGUGGAAGCCAGUGGACCUCCAGAGGAUUAUGACGAGGCGGAGGUCUCUGACAGUGCGUAUCUCGGCUCUGAGAGCGCCUACAGUGAGUGUGAAACCUUCACGGACGAGGACACGACGGCUCUGGUCCAUCCAGAACUGCAUGAGGACGUGGAAACUGACAGCGGCAUUGAAAACACACUCACAGAUGGAGACGACCGCAACAGGUUCACACUGGGCUCAGAUUUGAAUGGUCACACCGUGGUGGCUGUGAUUGGAGGAGAGGAGGAGCACUUUGAGGAUUUCGGUGAGAGUAACAACGCUUCAGACCUUCUGCUGGCCAAUCAGGAAGAGGGAAGGGUGGGGCCAGAUGGGGAGGGAGAUGAAGAGCCCCUCCCACACUCAGAAAGCCCACUGCCCCGCCCAAUAAUGCUCCUGUCACCCAGCCCCAGCUCUUUUCCUGCUAGUUUCCAGAGUUUCCUUCAGUCGGAGUCGCUGGAGUUUUUCUGCACUCACUGUCAUAAGCAGAUCAGUCGUCUGGAGGAUCUGUCCACGCGACUGCAGUUACUAGAGAUGAAUAGUUCCAGCAAAAGGAUGUCCAGUAAGAAAGCAGCAAGACACUUGCAGCAGUCCAGCAAUCUGGAUGUCAUGGGAGAUCUGACUCCAGACAUUUUGGACCUUGCGGAUCGUGACAUCACAGACAAGGUGUUGCUGUUGGAGAAGCGUGUGUGUGAGCUGGAGAAGGACUCGUCGGAGAGUGAAGAGCAGCAUGCACGCUUGCGGCAGGAGAAUCUCACUCUCGUCCACCGCGCAAACGCUCUGGAGGAACAGCUGAAGGAGCAGGAGAUGCGUGCAGAGGAGACUUUACUCACAUACACCCGUAAACACAGAGAUGCACUGAACAAACUCCAGCGAGACAGAGACGUGGAGAUCGAGAACCUCCAGGCCAGGUUGCAUCAGUUGGAUGAGGAGAACAGUGAGCUGAGGUCAUGUGUUCCCUGUCUGAGAGCCAACAUCGAGAGACUGGAGGAGGAAAAGAGGAAACUUCAAGAUGAGGUGGAAGACGUCACAGAUCGAUUGAAUGAAGAAAUCGAAUCUCGCAGGAAAAUGUCAGACAAAAUGAGCCAUGAACGUCAUACGAACCAGAAAGAGAAGGAGUGCACUCAGGGGUUGAUAGAGGACUUGAGAAAGCAGCUGGAACUCCUGCAGCUGUUUAAGUUGGAGACUGAAGCGAGAAGAGGCAGAUCAGCCAGCUCCGGCCUACAGGAAUACAACUCUCACAUGAAAGAGAACGAACUGGAGCAGGAGAUACGCAGACUCAAACAGGAUAACCGCAGUCUGAAGGAGCAGAACGAUGAGCUGAACGGACAGAUCAUUAAUCUGAGCAUCCAGGGAGCAAAGAGCCUUUUUACCGAGUCUCUCUCUGAGUCGCUCGCCGCCGAGAUCAACAACGUCUCCCGCACUGAGCUGAUGGAGGCCAUCCACAAACAGGAGGAGAUCAACUUCCGUCUGCAAGACUACAUCGACCGCAUCAUCGUCGCCAUCAUGGAGUCCAAUCCUUCCAUCCUGGAGGUCAAAUAAUCGCCAUGACGACAACCUUUCCUGAUUUAUGAACUGACACAGGCGUAUUGAAUGAGUCUGGAGAGGAAGUGGAGAAUACAAUCACUAUGUUGAUCAAAUGAUUUAAUAAUCCAUAGCACUGUGUGUGUGUGUGUGUGGGUGUGUGUGUGUGAGAUUGGCCCUGUCUUCUGGUUCCUGUGACUUCCCAGAGUUUUGGGAUUGAGGCGCCCGUUCCCUCUCUCUGUACAUGUAUGUUUAUGAUUCAUAAAUUGAAUUUCAGUGUAAGAAA